GCCGCGGGGGCGACUAGGGUCGACUCCAGCGGCAGCGGCAGCAGCAGCAGCAGGAGGAGGAGGAUGAUGAAGGGUGGUGGAGGUGGUGGAGGUGGUGGAGGAGGAGGAACGCCGCUGGUGGCUGACGGAGGAAAGAGGGCGGCAGUGGCAGCAGCAGCGGCGGCGUCGGUGGCAGAGGAGGUGGAGGAGGAGGUGGAGGAGGCGAGGAGCGCUGCGAGGAGGAGACGCCGCCAUCACCACCGCCACCACCAUUCGGCGUGGCUCUGGGUGGGGACCGGAGCAAGCAAAGGGACCCACGCCGACAUGCCCGUGCUGAUGUUGGAGCCCAGCUCUUCAUCCACCCUCGGUCCAACACCGCCGGCUCCCCCCCCAACCACCACCACCGCCGCCGCGGCGGUAACGACGGCCACCACCGCCGCCGCGCCCUCCUCCCCGCCGCUCGUGUUGACCCCCCGCAAGCGCGGCUGGCCCAAGGGGCUCAAGAGGGGUCCCCCCGCCAUCUCCCGCCGACGCAGACGCCGCCACGUUCGGCGGAGCGGAACCGCCUCGUCGCGGUCCACGUCCACGCGGACCGGGGCAGGAGACGGGGCGGCUGAGAGACCGGAGGAUGAUGAUGAGGAUGAUGAUGAGGACGAUGAGGACGAUGAUGAGGACGAUGAAGACGACGAUGGGGAUGAGGAAGAGGGGGUAGGGGAAGAGGAAGAGGAGGAGGAGGAGAAGGAGGAGCCGGAGGAGGAUAGAGAGACGGAGAUAUGGAAAGAGCGAUUGGCGGAGAGGGGAGAGGAGAGCUCAAAGGAGAGCUGCAAGGCGGCGACGGAGAUGGACAAGGAUGUUCCGAGCGAGAGGGGAGCGGUCGCGGAAAGGCGCGGAGAGAGGGUGGCAGAGCGGAGGGAGUCGGAGGAGAGAGUCGUCGCGGAGAAGAUCGGCAGGAAAGGGGGUCCCCAGUUGCCUGUGGUGCCGGUGGUGGCGGCGGUGGAGAGGGCAGCUGUGGGAGAGGAGGGGGGUGAGGAGGAGAGGGACGCGGGGAGAGCCGAGAGAGACGCAAGGAAAGUCGGGAGAGACAAGGAGAGAGCCGAGAGAGACGCCGCGGGGAGAUCCGAUAGAGAUCCGGUGAAAUCCGAUAAAGAGUCGGGGAGAUCCGAUAGAGAUCCGGUGAAAUCCGAUAGAGAUGCGGUGAAAUCCGAUAGAGAUGCGGUGAAAUCAGAUCGAGUGCCGGUGAAAUCCGAUAGAGAUCCGGUGAAAUCAGAUCGAGUGCCGGUGAAAUCCGAUAGAGAUUUGGUGAAAUCGGAUAGAGAUUCGGUGAAAUCCGACAGAGAUCCGGGGAAGAUCCGAUCGAGCGAAGGAGCGUGCCAAGGACCGGUCACGGGAACCGGGGAGUGACAGGAAGGGCGGCGAGCGGGGCAAGGCGGCGGCGGCGGGGGACGGUGACGAGACGCGGGAGGAAUCCGUAACUCCGGCGGGGAGAGCUCCGGACGGGAGCGCGGAGCGAAAGGCCGAGAGGGGCCCGCCGGAGAGAGUCCGAGGUGGGGCGGACGGCGAGGAGGAGAGGCGGAGGAGGAGGAGGAGGAGCGCGGAUCGUCGGAGAGCGGCGAGGCCGGAGGGCGAGAAGCCUGGGGAGGAAAGGAAAGACGAGGGGGAGGAGGAGUGCAGUCGGGCAAAGAGGGCCCGGCUGAGGGAUGCCGUAGAGACUACGGCGGUGACGGCGGCUACGGCUACUGCUACGAGGAGGAGGAGAAGGAGCAGGCGGGGAGGAGCGGAGGGGGAGGAGGGGAGGGACGCGAGCACAACGGACACGGAGGUGGACGCGGAGAAGAGGCGGGCCAAGAGAGCCAGGGGGAGUGUCGGAGGCCAAGCGGAGGGGCGGGCAACGGAGGAGAGAGCCGAGGGGAGAGACGCCGCUGUGGAAGUGGACGCCGAGGGGAGAGGCAACGCGGAGGGGAGAGGGAAAGCUGGGGGGAGAGUCAAGGGUAGAGAGGACGCGGAGAGGAGAUCGGCUGACAGAGCCAAGGGGAGAGAAACCAUUGUGGAAGUGGACGCGGAGGAAAGGGCCAGGGUUGGAGUGAGCGCCGAGAGGAGAUCGACGGACAGAGCCAAGGGGAGAGACGCCGAUGUGGAGGUGGAUGCGGAGGGGAGGGCCAGGGUUGGAGUGAGCGCCGAGAGGAGAUCGGAGGGGAGAGCAAAGGGGAGAGAAACCGCUGUGGAGGUAGACACGGAGGGGAGGACCAGGGUUGGAGUGAGCGCCGAGAGGAGAUCGACCGACAGAGCCAAGGGGAGAGACGCCGCUGUGGAGGUGGAUACGGAGGGGAGGGCCAGGGUUGGAGUGAGCGCCGAGAAAAGAUCGGAGGGGAGAGCAAAGGGGAGAGAAACCGCUGUGGAGGUGGAUGCGGAGGGGAGGACCAGGGGGGGAGUGAGCGCCGAGAGGAGAUCGACCGACAGAGCCAAGGGGAGAGAAACCGUUGUGGAGGUGGACACGGAGGGGAGGGCCAGGGUUGGAGUGAGCGCCGAGAGGAGAUCGGAGGGGAGAGCAAAGGGGAGAGAAACCGCUGUGGAGGUAGACACGGAGGGGAGGACCAGGGGGGGAGUGAGCGCCGAGAGGAGAUCGACCGACAGAGCCAAGGGGAGAGACGCCGCUGUGGAGGUGGACGCGGAGGGGAGAACCAAGGGGGGAGUGAGCGCCGAGAGGAGAUCGACCGACAGAGCCAAGGGGAGAGAAGCCGCUGUGGAGGUGGACGCGGAGGGGAGGACCAGGGUUGGAGUGAGCGCCGAGAAAAGAUCAACGGAGGGACGAGCCAAGGGGAGGCUCAAGGAGGAGAGCGACAGAGACGCGGAGAAGGUGGUGGUGGUGGAGCGGCUGAAGGGGAGGGCCGGAGAUCGCACCACCACCACCACCACCGCCACCACCGUCAGGAGGGGGGGAGCGGCGGUUCCGCCGGGGCAGGAGGCCUCCGGCAGGAAGCAACGGCGGCGAGCUGGAGACCCGAAUCUGGCCGAGCGAGCGGCCCGGCAGCCCCCGACCGACUCGAAACGUCGCGCCGGGCCGGCCACCGCCGCCGCCGACAACAACCCGGCUGCGGAGGAGGUGGAGGAGGAGGAGGAGGAGGCGGUGGCCGACGAAGAGGAGGCAGAGGAGGAGGUGGAGAUGAAGAGGAGAGCCACGGCGGAGCCCGGCGGAGGCCGAGGGAACAUCUCCCGCGGCGCCGGCGAGAAUCGGGCAGCCGUGCCGUCGACGGAGGAGUUGACGGGGGAAGAGGCGGAAAGGCGGGGCCAGGAGGAGGAGGAGUUGGCGGUGGUGGUGGAGCCUCCACCUCCACCUCGGCCCUCACGUCCCCCGAGGCCGCACGAGGAGACGCGGAGUAGGAGGAGGAGGAGCAGGAGGGGGGCGACGCCGGUAGCCCGGCGACGGCGGCGGCGGAGACGUCGCGACGCCGACGAAGAGGAGCCAGGGGAGGGGGACGACCACGAUGACCACGACGAGGAGGAGGAUGAGGAGGAGGAGGACGAUGAGGAGGAGGAGGCGAAGGUGGUGGCGGAUCAAGGCGACGGAGAGGAGGGGGGCGAGCUGGGGGGCGAGGAGGGGUCCGCGUCGACGACAGCGACGUCCGAGUGCGGGGCGGGGAGCGGCGGGCACGGGGAGCGGCGGACUUCGAGGCCCAAGGCCAAGAGGCCUCGGCACGGGGAAGUCACGGGGACGCCCAGGAGGGGCGGGGGCGGCGGCAGGCUCGGCAUGCCAGGGAAGGCCGAGGAGGAGGAGGAGGAGGGUCCUGUGGGGGAGGACGGGGCGGUACCGGAGGUUCCCACGGCGGCGGCGGUUGGCCGGCAGGAGCAGCAGCAGCAGGAGCAGCAUGAGCAGCAGCAUGAGCAGCAGCAGCAGCAGCAGGAGCAGCAGCAGGAGCAGCAGCAGCAGCAGGCGAAUGAGGAGGAGGAGGAGGCUGCAAAGGAAGCCGCCACCACCGCCUCGGGGUUGGUCGACCCCGCGGGGGAUGAAGUGAAACCGGCGGCUGCGUCGCCCCCGCCGCGUAGGCCCAGGAGGCAGGGGGCACUGGCGGCAAUCGCCGCCACCACCAGCAGCACCAGCACGGCCGUUGAGAAACAGCAGCGGCGCAGGAAGGAUAAGCAGCAGCAGCUGGCCCAGCAGCAGCCGUUGCCGCUGGUUCCGCUGGUUCCGCUGGUGCCGCUGGUACCGCUGGUGCCGGCGGUGGCGGCGGUGGCGGCGGUGGCGAGGGAGAGCGCCCGACCGUUGGGGCGUGAGGUGGUCUGCGUGGAGCGCGAUCCGGAGACUGAGCGGGCCGUUGAGUCGCUCACCCAGGAGGCUCGGGCCCGGCGCUCGGCCAGAGACGGCCACCACCUCCUCCACCAGCAACUCCACCACCAGCAGCAGCAGCUGCAGCAGCAGCAGCAGCAGCUCCUCCGUCACGACGAUGACCACGGUGGCGGCGGCGGCGGCGAUCGUCGCCACCAUCGCCACCAGGAGGAGGACGACGAUGAAGACGACGUCACCGAGGAGUUGAUGGCGGCGGCGGCCGCGGCGGCCGUAGCCGCUGCCGCCGCGGCCGAGGAGGCUGAGGGACGCCAGGAGGACGACGACGACGACGACGAUGACGAGGAGGUGGACGAGGAGGAGGAGUUGGAGGAUGAUGUGGAGGCGGGGGGGAGAAGGGCGGCUGACGGGGUCACUCUCGCGGAAGCCGACUGCCCUUGUCCGACCGCGCUUGCCGGCGGUGGAGUCGACGGAGGCGGCUUCGUCGGCGAUGUCGAGGAGGACGACGAUGAGGACGACGAUGAGGACGACGAUGAGGACGACGAUGAGGAGGAUGAGUCCGUUGAAGCUGCCGCGGAUGUGGGACAGCAACGGAAUCAGCGACAGGAAGUGGAUGAGCGGCGACAGGAAGUGGGGGACGGGCGACAGGAAGUGGGGGAGGGGCAGCGACAGGAAGUGGGGGAGGGGCAGCGACAGGAAGUGGGGGAGGGGCAGCGACAGGAAGUGGUUGAACAGCGACAGGAAGUGGGGGAGAUGCAACAGGAAGUGGUUGAACAGCGACAUGAAGUGGAGGAGGAGGAGGCCGAUUUGGCGGAGGAGGAGGCGGCAGCGGCGGCGGCGGCGGCUUCGCCUGAGACGGCCGAGGCCAUCCGCCACCUGGAGCACAGCGAGCAGCACAGCCCCGUGGCCAUCGGUGGUGCGGUGCCUCACCACCACGACCACCACGACCACCACCACCACCACCUGCUCCACAUCAACAACGACGUGGAGGAGGAGGACGAGGAGGAGGAGGAUGAGGAGGAUGAGGAGGAGCGGCGCGUUGGUGCUGCAGAUGAGCGGCAGGAGGACGAUGAUGAGGUGGAGGAUGAUGAUGAUGAGGAGGAAGAGGCUGGCCACUCGGGGGAGCUCCGGACGACAAGGAGGAAGAAGAGGGUCGGGGUGGUGGAGGUGGCGGUGCCGGUGGUGGCGGGCGACGAAUCUCCGGAGGAGGAGGAGGAGAAGAUGGCGGCGACGGUCGACUCUCGGCCACCCCACUCGCCUCCUUGUCGCCCUCCUGAGGAGGUGGACCAGGAGGAGGAGGAGGAGAAGGAGGACCCAAGGCCACAGGCGCCCGGAGCUGAGUUUGGAGCCCCGGGAACGGAGUUCGGAGCCCCGGGAACGGAGUUCGGAGGUCCGGGAACGGAGUUCGGAGCUCCGAGAUCGGAGUUCGGAGGUCCGGGAGCCGAGUUUGGAACUCCGAGAUCGGAUUUCGGAGCUCCGAGAUCGGACUUUGGAGCUCCGAGAUCGGAUUUCGGAGCUCCGAGAUCGGAGUUCGGAGGUCCGGGAUCGGAGCCCCUCGCCCCGGCGGCCGGGAACACCGCUACGGAAUGCCGGGCCCCAGAGGGCCCCACGGCGGAGGGUCCCAGGGCGGAGGUGGAGGCCCCCACGGCGGAGGGUCCCACGGCGGAGGCGGCAGCGGUGGAGUUCCGGACCGAGAUGGGGUUCGCCGAAUCGGCGCGUCGCCGUGGCCACGCCGUCCAAUCGGCGUUGACGACAAACGCUCGUGCCCCCAGCCAAUCGGAAUUCACUCCGACACACCCCAGCCAAUCGGAAUUCACACCGACACACCCCAGCCAAUCGGAAUUCACCCCGACACACCCCAGCCAAUCGGAAUUCACGCCCACCCGCCCCAGCCAAUCGGAAUUCACUCCGACCCACCCCAGCCAAUCAGAAUUCACACCGACACACCCCAGCCAAUCGGAAUUCACCCCGACACACCCCAGCCAAUCGGAAUUCACGCCCACCCGCCCCAGCCAAUCGGAAUUCACCCCGACCCACCCCAGCCAAUCAGAAUUCACCCCCACUCACCCCAGCCAAUCACAGUUCACGCCGACACACCCCAGCCAAUCGGAAUUCACCCCGACACACCCCAGCCAAUCGGAAUUCACCCCGACCCAUCCCAACCAAUCGGAAUUCACUCCGACCCACCCCAGCCAAUCAGAAUUCACCCCCACUCACCCCAACCAAUCACAGUUCACACCGACACACCCCAGCCAAUCGGAAUUCACCCCGACCCGCCCCAGCCAAUCGGAAUUCACGCCCACUCACCCCAGCCAAUCGGAAUUCACCCCGACCCAUCCCAGCCAAUCGGAAUUCACUCCCACUCACCCCAACCAAUCACAGUUCACGCCGACACACCCCAGCCAAUCGGAAUUCACGCCCACUCACCCCAGCCAAUCGGAAUUCACCCCGACCCACCACAGCCAAUCGGAAUUCACCCCGACCCACCCCAGCCAAUCGGAAUUCACCCCGACCCGCCCCAGCCAAUCGGAAUUCACGCCGACGCGCGUCAGCCAAUCGGACUACGGCACGCCGCACGCCGCCGUGCCGAGCGGCAAGUUCCUGGCGUCGCGGUCGCAGCGACCGCACCCGGAGUACUCCUCCCCCCCGUCGGCCAGCCACCCCGACUACCAGGCCGGCAACGUUUGCCGAGGCCCGCCGAUCCCCCCGUCCGCCGGCGACUACCGCCGCUCCCCGGCGCUGGCCAGGCGCGAGGCCUACCAGGCUCAGGCUGCGGCAGCUGGACUGGCGCCCCCCCCACUGCCGGCGGCUUCGCCGGCGUCGUCUUCGCCGGCGUCCUCGGCGUCGUCGGCGUCCUUGGCGACGGCGUACGACUUCCAGUCGCGCCGCGACUUUGUCCUGCUCCAGGCACGAGCCGCAGCCGGCUUCUGCGGAGGAGACUCCGGCGUCGCCGGCGGGGGCGGAGGGUGCCAGCCGUCGGCGGCAGCAGCAGGCCGCGUGCGGGCAAGCGGCGGCGGCGGCGGCGGCGGCGGCGGGUCCGGUGGCUCGUUCUCUAGCGGCCAGGCGGUUCACGGAGACUUCAGCCCUCCUUUGCCAAGUCUGCAGCAGCAGCAGCAGCUUAUGAUGCAGCAGCAGCAGCAGCAGCUGAUGCAGCAGCAGCAGCACAAGAUGUCUCGAGGCGGCGUUGGUGGCAGCGGAGGAGACAUCCCGGCGAUCCCCUUCACCGUCAUCAAGUCCCACUCGGGAGCGUCGCCCGCCGGCGAUUUCCUGCGGGCGCUUGGCAAGGCUCACGACCGCAGCCCCGGCGGGGGCCCGGGACCGCUCGGUGAACGGCGCAGCCCGCUGGGCCAAGCGGUCGGGGAGUCGUCGUCGUCCUCGUCGUCGUCGUCGGCUGCUGCCGGGGCCGUCACCGGCGCGGCGAGCCCCAUGUCGUCGGUGCACUCCCACGGGGGCGGCUCGGAGCUGUCGAGCCCCGUGGGCUCCGUGCCCUCGUCACACCGCAGCCAAUCGGUGCACUCGGUUAGCAGCCCGCCUCAGCCUCAGCAGCCUCCGCAGCAGCAGCAGCCGCCGCCGCAGCAGCAGCCCCCCCCUCCGCCUCCCCUUCCGCCACCCGGCGGGUCUCUGGGCGGCGUCAUCGGCGGCGGCGGCGGCGGCGACGUGGAGGCGAGCCCCAUCGUGUCGGACGCCUCGCAACCAGUUGGAGACUCGGGCUUCAGCGACCUGGGCAGCAUGGACAGCACCGGCGCCGGAGAUUCUUACGAGGGCGGCGGCGGCGGCUCUGGAACGAGCGGCGGGAGCGGCGGCGGUGGUUCCUACGACGGCCCAAGCCUCCAGCAGCAGCAGCAGCAGGGAGUGGUCGGUAGCGGCGGUAGCAGCUGCUCCUACGGCCUUGUCCACCACCAGGACGCUGCCGCCACCUGCAACCUCGUCCAGCUGCGGGCGGCUUCGGCCGUGCAGCAGCAGCAGCAGCAGCAGCGGCAGCAGCAGCAGCGAAGCAGUGGAGCUUCAGCCGCGUCGGCUCGGGCAGCCCUGCAACAGCAACAACAGCAGCAGCAGCAGCAGAGGGUUGGUUCACCAGCUACGUGUGGACUGAAAGCACAGGGUGGUGGUGGCGGCGGUGGUGGUGGUGGUGGAUACCGGAGAGUGAGCGGUGGUGGCGGUGGUGGCGGCGGUGGUGGCGGUGGUGGCGUUGGCAUCCGCUCCCUCUGCAUGGCCUCAUUCGCCCAGCAGGGCCACAGCGCCGAGUUGCUGGGCCCGAUCCCUCCGUCGCUGGGCUGCGCCACAUCCUCUUCCGCGACCUUGGGCUCCUCUUCCUCCUCGUCCUCCUCAUCGUCGGCGCAGCAGCAGCAGCAGCAGCUCCAGCUUCAGCAGCAGCAGCAGCAGCAUCACCACCACCAUCAGCAGCAGCAGCACCACCAGCACCACCACCAUCAGCACCACCACCACCAGCAGCUGGCGGCCACCAUGAGCCUGUACGAGCGACUGGGCCAGGGUGACUACGGCUUUGGGCCCGGGGCGGCCGCAAUGGCCGCUGCCGUGCAAGCGGCGGCCGUCCAAAACUCUGCGUCCUUCAGCCUGGCCCGCCUGCAGCAGCUCACCAACGGCCUGGUGGAGCACACCCUUGGCUACGGCGCUUCGCCCGUAGCCACCCCCGGCGGCGGCGGGGGCGGUACCGCCGGUUCGUCGUCCGCAGGCGGCGGGCCUCCGUCGGCCUACGCCCAGGCUGGGCCGUCGGCGUCUCCCGGCUACGGCGGCGGUGGGGUGACGUCGACCGGGGUGCUGUCGCACCUCCCGGCUGCCGGCUCCACUCCGCCGCCUCCGACGCCGACUUCGACGCAAUCUCCCCACAUGGGCAUGAGCCACCACCACCAGCAGCAGCAGCACCACCACGCUCACGCUCACCACCUCCACGCUCACCACGCGCCUCACCUCCACCACCACGCGCAGCGCGCACAGCUCAAGGGACCCUCCUCCUCCGGCGGUGGCGGCGGCGGCGGCGGCGGUGGUGGUGGUGGUGGUGUCGGUGCCGGAGGGGGACCGGGAAGUUUGUCCGCGCCCGGCAGUGGCGGCGGUGGAGCCGGCCCCGACGGCGGCGGUAGCGUGGGGGCCUCGCCGGCGAGCCAACCGCCGGGCGGGCAGCUCUUCAGCUGCACGGCCAUGCAGCAGUCGCGGGUACUCGGAACGCCCCCGGCCGCCUCCCAGAGGGGCGUGGCGGCGAUGGGCGGCCUCGGACUUCUGGCGUCUUCCGGCGGAGGCGGAGGCUUGGGGGGCGUGGGAGGAGCCCCGAACCCCACCCACGGCGGGGCCUACGGACCGACCGCCAUCCAGUACCGCGUGCACCCGCACGGGCAGCACCACCCGCCUCACCCGCACGCCGGCGGGCACGCCCACGGCGGACACCCCGGACACCCAGGACACCCGGGACACCCCGGCCACCCAGGACACCCGAACCUUCACCCCCACGCCGCUCACCCGCACCACCCGCACCACCACCCGCACGCCCACCCUCACGCCCACCACCACCACCACCACCACGCGGCCGCCUACGGAUACGUAGCGCAGCCGCAGUAUCAGGUGGGGCCCUUGGGGAUGAUGGCGUUGUCGCACCAGGAGCAGCACCCGGCGGCAGCGGCGGCGGCGGCCGCGGCGGCGGCUUCGGCGGUCCCGUCCGGCGCCGGGGGGGCUACGGGCGGCGGUGGUCAGGGCGGCGGGGGCGGUGGCGGGGGCGGUGGGUCGCACCACGGCUCCAUGCUGUGCUCGCCCGUGGCCGGCGGUGGAGUUCAGCCGGUCGGCGGUGCUGGAGGUGGAGUCCACCCCCACGCUCACCCCCACGCUCACCCCCACGCUCACCCACACGCUCACCCGUUGGCCCACGCCCACCCCACCCACACACCGCCACCGGCUGCCCAGCAGCAGCAGCAGCAGCAACCGGCGGUGACGCCCUCGCAGGGAGGGGCGGCCGCCGCUUCCGCUAACUCUGCAGCCGGCGGCGGUGGCGUCGGGGUGAACGUUCCUCACCACCACCACCAGCAGCAGCAGCAGCAUCAGCAGCAGCAGCAGCAGCAGCUGGGCCACCCUCACCACGUUCACCACGCUCACCACGCCUCCGCCGCUCACCACGCCGUUGCACAGCACCACGCCGCCGCCGCGGCGGCGGCGGCGGCAGCGGCGGCGGCGGCAGCGGCGGCGGCUGCCUACAUGGGGAAGGGGGGAGGGGGGGCUGCUGCUGCGGGGAGCGCUGGAGGGGGAGGGGGGAAGGGCGGCGGUGGGAGGGGAGCAGGGGGGGGCUACAUGCGGCGGUGACCCCCUCCUUACCACCGGAGACAGACGGUGAACCCCUCCUCCUUACCGCCGAAAACAAAGACGGUGACCCCUUCCUUACCGCCGGAGAUGGAAGACGGUGAAUCCUACCGGAGUCGAAGACCGUGACGGUCCCUCCUUACUGCCGAAGACAAAGACGGUGACCCCUACCGGAGUCAAAGACCGUGACGGUGAACCCCUCUUUACCGCUGAAGACAAAGGCGGUGAGCCCUACUGGAGUCGAAGACCGUGACGGUCCCCCCUUACCGCCGAAGACAAAGACGGUGACCCCCUCCUUACCGCCGGAGAUAAAGAACGUGAACCCUACCUUAGACGAAGACGGUGAACCCCUCCUUACCGCAGGAGACAAAGACGGUGACGCCCCCCCUACCGCCGAAGACGAGGAGGAUGACCCCUCCUGGAAUCGAAGACGGUUACACCCCCCCUACCGCCAGAGACGAAGGCGGUGACCCCUACCGUAGAUAAAGACGGUGAACCCCUCCUUACCGCCGGAGACAAAGACGGUGAACCCCUCCUUACCGCCGAAGACAAAGACGGUGAACCCCUACCAGAGUCAAAGACCGUGACGCCCCCUCCUUACCGCCGGAGACAAGGAGGGUGACCCCUACCUUAGACAAAGACGGUGAACCCUCCUACCGCCGGAGACAAAUUCGGUGACCCCUACCUUAGACAAAGACGGUGACGCCCCCCCUACCGCCGAAGACAAAUGCGGUGACCCCUACCUUAGACGAAGACGGUGACGCCCCCCCCCCCUACCGCCGGAGACGCGGAGGAUGACCCCUCCUGGAGACGAAGACUCCUACCGGAUUUGAAGACGGUGACCGAACGUUUCUCUCACCAGGAGUCAAAUGCCGGGACACGGUUUGAAGCCGCCGUGUCUCUCCACCAAUGGGGAGAGGCGAGGGGGGGACGACUGCUGAAGUACCGCAUCUCAAAAGUGUUACCCCCCCCCCCUGCCUAGGGAAGAAGACAAAGAUGUGGGUGGACGUGGGAGCGUUGGUUGGUUAGGGGGGCGGAGAGGAGGGGGGGGGGUAGGAACGACGGUUCUCCGGAAACUUCCGCCCUCUCUCCUCGACAGGAAGUCGCGGACGUUGCCUCGACCGCUCCCAACGGUUGUUGUGUUGUUGUUGUUGUUGAUUUUUUUUAUUUUGGUUGGGGGGUUAUUUUCGUCUAUUAUUUUUUCCCGGCCCGCCCCACCGCCGCUUUGGCUAUCGGGGACAGGACGGCUGGGCGGGCUGUGCGGGA